AUGAGGGCAGCCUGUGUCCCAGGUCUUCCUACAGCAUCUCUGCUCUGGACCCCACCUCUUCCUGCUCUUCCUGGGCCUCAGCCUCCUCCUGCUGGUUCCAAGAUUCAGAGGGACCUGGAGACUCUGAGAGCAACUUACAGCAACUUCACUUCAAACACUGAGGCAGAGGUCCAGGCACUGCAUGCCCAGGGUGGCUGCUUGCAAGAAACGAUAACAUCUCUGAAAGCGGUGGUAGAAAACCAGGGGCAUCAGCUGCAAGCAGCCCGCAGCUUGAAUGACAAGGUGUUGUCUCUGGAGAGCAAGCUGGAGAAAGAGCAGCAGGAACUCAAAGCAGGCUAUUCUGAUAUGGUUGUGCAAGUCCAGGAGCUGGCCAGAGACCUGAACUCCCUAAGUUGCCAGAUGGCUGUGCUCAAGAGCAAUGGCUCCCAGAAGACCUGCUGCCCCAUUAACUGGCUGGAGCAUGAAGGCAGCUGCUACUGGUUCUCCAGUACUGGGAAGCCCUAGCCUGAAGCUGAGAAUUACUGCCAGAUGGCGAAUGCACACCUUGUGGUGGUCAGCUCCUUGGAGAAGCAGAAAUUUCUCGAGCAACACACAUCCUCUGUGGACACCUGGAUUGGCCUCACUGACCAAGAUGGUUCCUGGACGUGGAUGGAUGGGACAAACUACGAGAAGGGCUUCCAGUUCUGGAGUCCACAACAGCCAGACAAUUGGAAUGGACAUGAUCUCGGGGGAGGUGAGGACUGUGCCCACUUCAUGGAUUCUGGCCAAUGGGACGAUAACGUGUACACGAGGCCCUUCCACUGGGUCUGGGAGAAAAAGCUGGGCAGGGCCCGCUAGAAGCCUCCUCUCCCCUAAUUUAUAAUAUUUCCUGAAUGCCUUCACCCGCUAAGGAAAGCUAGAUUGGCAAUUCUCCUUUCUGGGUGUCCUGCAUCUUCUCAUGGAUUUCCAUUCAGGAUUUUAAGGGACAGCGAGAGGAUGGUGCCUGAGGAAUGUAGAAUGAUGUCUGGGUGGGUAGAUUGAAACGAUGCUACUUUCUGCAGUCUGGAGGUUAUGAGUGUCCAUUUUAUUUUUAGAGUAAAAAGAAGAGAAAUAUAUGAAACAUUCUGAGUUGUCUG